AGCGGUGGUCGCCAUGGGGACGGGGAUGCUGACGAAGGCUUGUGAAGCUGAGAAGACAAAUUGCCCUCAUCAUUAUCUCCGGGCUUGUCAAUCAAACAUAUUCCCUUAUUUACCUCGGCGAGGAGAGAGCCCCGGGAGCACACGGAGAGGGAGGGAGCGAGAGGAGAGCUGCUUGCCCCAAACUCCGCACUGGGGAGGGAGCAUUUCCAGCCCCUCGGGAUGGCCACCAUCACCUGCAAUCGCUUCACCGAGGAGUACCAGCUCUUCGAGGAACUGGGCAAGGGCGCUUUCUCCAUUGUCCGGAGAUGUGUGAAGGUGUUGGCAGGACAAGAGUAUGCGGCCAAGAUCAUCAACACCAAGAAGCUGUCUGCUCGAGAUCACCAGAAGCUGGAACGAGAAGCCCGGAUCUGCCGCCUCCUGAAGCACCCCAACAUCGUGAGGCUCCAUGACAGCAUCUCCGAAGAGGGCCACCACUACCUGAUAUUUGACCUGGUCACCGGUGGGGAGCUGUUUGAGGACAUUGUGGCCAGGGAGUACUACAGCGAAGCAGAUGCCAGCCACUGCAUCCAGCAGAUCCUGGAGGCCGUCCUGCACUGCCACCAGAUGGGGGUAGUCCACCGGGAUCUGAAGCCUGAAAACCUGCUGCUGGCAUCCAAGCUGAAGGGUGCCGCUGUCAAGCUGGCUGACUUCGGCCUUGCCAUCGAGGUGGAGGGGGACCAGCAAGCGUGGUUUGGUUUUGCUGGCACCCCGGGAUACCUCUCCCCCGAGGUGCUCCGGAAGGAUCCCUAUGGCAAAGCCGUGGACCUGUGGGCUUGCGGCGUCAUCCUCUACAUCCUGCUGGUUGGGUACCCACCCUUUUGGGAUGAAGACCAGCACCGACUCUACCAGCAGAUCAAGGCUGGGGCUUAUGAUUUCCCCUCCCCUGAGUGGGACACAGUCACUCCUGAAGCGAAAGAUCUCAUCAACAAGAUGUUGACCAUAAACCCGUCCAAGCGCAUCACGGCAGCAGAGGCUCUGAAGCACCCCUGGAUAUCGCACCGUGCCACCGUGGCAUCAUGCAUGCACAGGCAGGAGACGGUGGACUGUCUGAAGAAGUUCAAUGCCCGGAGGAAGCUGAAGGGAGCCAUCCUCACCACCAUGCUGGCCACCAGGAACUUCUCCGGAGGCAAAAGCGGUGGCAACAAGAAGAAUGACGGCGUGAAGAAAAGAAAGUCCAGUUCCAGCGUUCAGUUAAUGGAAUCGUCGGAGAGCACCAACACCACCAUCGAGGAUGAAGACACCAAAGUACGGAAGCAAGAAAUCAUUAAAGUCACAGAGCAGCUGAUCGAAGCAAUAAGCAAUGGCGACUUUGAGUCCUACACGAAGAUGUGUGACCCUGGGAUGACUGCCUUCGAGCCUGAGGCUCUGGGCAACCUUGUGGAAGGCCUGGAUUUCCACCGAUUCUACUUCGAAAACCUGUGGUCCCGGAACAGCAAGCCCGUGCACACGACGAUCCUGAACCCCCACAUCCACCUGAUGGGAGACGAGUCCGCCUGCAUCGCCUACAUCCGCAUCACACAGUACGUGGACGCGGGAGGGAUCCCCCGCACCGCCCAGUCCGAGGAGACCCGCAUCUGGCACCGCCGGGAUGGCAAAUGGCAAAUCGUCCACUUCCACAGAUCCGGCGCACCCUCUGUCCUACCGCAGUAAGCCCUCUGAAGCGUGGUCCUGCCCGUGUCGGGUUUGUCACUGACUGACUACCAAGGGGAGACCCCCCUCCGACAUCUUCACCUAUGGGACUUUGGCUGUUGGCUCUGCUGCUUGGUUCCCGCUGGAAUAACCCCUCGCUUCUCACCGCACACAUGCAAUGGCCCUGCCGGCGCCGCGCAAGCAUCCCAUCGAACCCCCCCACCCUGCUGGGGCUGUGGCGCUGGGCCCCCUUCCUCUGCAUGAACCAUGAAAACAGAAACCAUGAACCUAAACCCGAGCAUCUGGCUGGUGAGAUGACACGUGCCGGGGUAAACGCCUCCCCCCUCGGCUGUAUGGCGUUGGUGGGACCCCCCACUACCUAGCAUGUCUCCUGAACUGGGCUCGGACUCAUCAUCCGCCUCCAUCCCCACCUCUGCUGGGAGCCCCCCGAGGAAGAGGAGGGCAGGGGGACAGUUUUGAGCCAUCCUGUGCCACACCCUCCCUGCGCACCAGUGGAUUUUGCUUUGCUGCUAUUGAGGUCCCCAUCUGUCACCGUGGCUCCCGCCUGCUCCCGACCCAAGCUCCCGCUUCCCGGCAGCCUCGGCCGGGGAACCGCGAUUUAAACCUUUUGCAAAGUCCGUAUUCCACGCGCCCCCCCGGGUGAGGAGGGCAGCGUUCGGAUGGGUGAGUAAAGGCUAUCUGUUUAUUUUCCCUUCCCAGGAGCGUAGGCUGGCUCCUGCCCAGGAGAGCGAGUAGGUUUGCGCCCUGGCUGCCGUGCGGAGAGGGAUGCUCUCCCUCCUUCCUCCCUUCUCCCUCUGGAGCAGGGACUGGCGAAGCUGGGAGAAGAGAGGAGGAGAAAGGCGACUGCUCCCUGGCACCACGUCGGCACAGCCGGGCGCCGGGGCUCUCCCAGCCGUGCCGUGGCGGUACCGUCGCUCCCCGUGCCCUCCUCCCCACCCACCACCCAACCAGGAUCCUUUAGCCCAGCACCCAGCCCUGCCGAGCACCCACCCCUGCCCCUCGCAUGCAGCACCCGGCGCUCCCCCGUGCCCGGCUCCCAGGCUGGGACUGGGACGGCUGAGCUGGCCACCGAUUCAGGGUGCAAACCUCCAUCGCCCACGCGACUCCUUCCAGCGACGACGAGGAAUGCAAGCUUUAUAAAGUAACAAAACUCUGCAGAAUCUGAUCGUGCUUUGAAGAAAACAAACAAGCCUUUAGCUGUCUUCUACUUUGAGCGCAUGCCUUUUUAUAGGGAAAAGAAAAUAACCUACCGUGUAUUUCGUAACUUGAUUUUGAGUAUUUGCUGAAAUGGAUCUUUAUGUAAUAACUAGAAACAUUCAACUGUUUAGGGCAGGGAGGGUGGGGGGGGAUUUUCGGGGGUUGCUGUUAUUUGUUGCAUUUACAUUUGGAGAGGGGUUGCGCCGCCAUGGUGCUCCUGCCAGGGGUCCUGCGGCUGCCAGCCCCCACCCCACGCCGUGGCAGCUCAUCCCAUCCCGUCCCACAGCACCGGGCUGGCGAAGGCACCCACCUCCCCGGGGCACCCACCUCCAGGGAAAGCCCCCUCCCCGGGGCACCUUCCCGCACCCCACGGGUCUUCCUGCAGGGCAAACCCAGGCGGUGGCUCUUGGGGAGCCACCGGGACAUGGCUUUCAGGACAGAAGACAUGGCUGGGAAGGGGAAUUUUGGUCUCGCCUCUUUGCCGUCAGGUAGAGGUCCGAGAGUGGGUAUUUUUCCGGCGAUUCUUCUGUUUCUUGUUCUCUUUUUUCCGACUGGAACCUCUUUGCUCGUUGACGUGAGACUCCUGCAGCGCUGCUGCCCCGGGGGACUUUCUAGCUGCACUCUCUUCAUCUGCAUGGCGUUUAACUUUCUAGACGGUGUGUGUGUUGAAAAACAAAGAAAUGAACAAAAAAACGCUUGUUUUGGACAUAAAAAAAAAAAAAAAGGAAAUGUUUUCUCCAUGUAAA